AUGUUGGGGAAGGUGUGGCGGGACUCGAAGUCGCACCUGCGUAGGCAGCAGAAGCUUGUGGAGGAGUACGGUGUCGAGGGAGCCGUGCGCGAAACAUUGCAGCCUAGUACCACCUCGUUUCGCGAGCAACUGCGCCAGCGUCCACUUGACCGAGCCAUCUUGCAAGAAAUCUAUCUUGGCCUGCAUGGGCGCCGCAUCGAGAGGAAGCUAAAGCGCGGUGUCUCAUGGGAGCACUGGAUCACGAAAGGCGACGGCACGGCACCGGUCUUCAAUACAUCCAGCAAGGCACAGCAAACAUUCGCUUUCGGCGGUAACAUUCAGCAAGUGCGCUGCGCCACCCACCCACAGCACUUUCCUGUCUUGCUCAACCACACCGAAGUCAGUGCGACGCCUGCCGCCACAGGCGGUUCGGGCAAGCGAGACCGCAACGCCAAGCAGCGCCAGAAGCAGCUCCAACACCGGUCCCCUCCGCAGAAGUCACCUUCUCGACUGCACCCUCGGCACAAUUUGCUGCCAGAGGUGGCAUUCAUCGGCCGGACGUCGAGCGGCAAGUCGUCCCUGGUCAAUGCCAUCGUGAACGCGAUGGUCACGCCGUACGGCCACCUGCGCGGCACGACGAACUCGCUACGCUUCUACAACGUUGCGAACCGUUUGAUGCUGGUUGACUGCCCCGGGUAUGGAUAUUAUGAUCCGAUAUGCACUCCAGCAAUAGACGCCGAGAAUGCUGUGCGAGCGAUGCGGGCGUACUUGAAGGCAUGUGCAGCACCCGGAGCCGUACAGAGGAUGCAGCAGCGCCGCCGCCAUGGGAAGUCGGCUACCGUCCCUCAUCAGUCACCUAACGGGAAGAGCGGCGGGCCGGCAGAUAUGAACGCCGGCGCAGCGGAAACGGGUGACAAUGAGGCCGACGACGACCAUAACCGUGGGGGUACCGAACCGCUCCUGCUCCACCAGCCGCGGAACGUGAAGCGUGUGUUUCUCUGUGCCUCUGCGCAGGGCUUGCAACACCUGGACUACGCGUACUGCGACCUGCUCGAGGCCUAUCGGGUGCCUUUCGCAGUGGUGCUGACCAAGACAGACGCGGCCCCCAUCCGCUUCCUUGCUCGGCUCACAGACUACACACGCAGCCAACUCGUGCGCUACACGCAGUGCAACGAGAUUCUGCUGACGAGCUCGUUGCGCAUUGCCGGCAUCGACAAGAUGCAGGAGCUGCUAGGGAGUUUUGCCGCCACUGAUGAUCCGCUGCACGGCGCAACACCAGACUUCAGCACCAUUGUCUAA